AUGGAUCAGCCUAUACCGACUGUGAAUGAGUCAAAGAAUGAUGAUGAUCAUGCAGAUAUUGAGGAAACACCUAGAGUUGAAGCUGGAAAAUCAUUAGAUGUUGAGAUUAGUAGUAAGAAGGAUAAAGAGGCAUUGGAGAACAUGCCUGGUUAUGUGAAAUUCAUGAAAUAUCUGGUCACCAGGAAGCGGAUAGUGAGUUAUGAUCCUGCAGAUAAUAUGCAUAAUUACAGUGCUUUUGCCUCUAGAUUAUUGGUUGAAAAGAAGAAGGACCCUAGAGCCUUUACCAUUCCAUGUACCAUUGGGUCCUUCAACAUUGCUCAAACUUUAUAUGAUCUAAGAGCCAGUAUUAAUCUUAUAUCUCUUGUUGUUUUUAAGUGGUUGGGGUUGGGGGCACCAAAACCAAUAUGGAUUAAAUUGUUGAUGGCUAAUCGGAUCGCAAAAAAACCGAUCGGUAAUCUUUGUAAUGUGUUGGUAGAGGUGGCAUCCUUCAUCUUUCCAGCCAAUUUCAUGAUAAUUGAUUGUGAGUCGAUGCAACGGCCAAAUGAUAUGAGAGUUGUAUCUAUGAUAGGCACCAUUGAUAACGAGAAUGAUGUAAUGACUAUUUUAAUUGAGGAGAGACUGGGUGUUGAAGCAUUAGCAAUGCUAAUUAUAAAUUUUGAUAGUGAUGGAAUUAAGGAUAUAACUAGAUGGGCUAACAACACAUUGUCGGUGAUUAUUACAGCUGAUUUGGUUGAUAAAGAGGGUAUAGAAAAUCAGGUUGCAGAUCACUUAUCCAUACUUGAGGAAGAAGCAAUGCAGAAGAUAGUGGAUGGGCUUGAAAUCGAUGAUACUUUUCUAGAUGGGCAGAUUUUGGCAGUAUCGCAAGACAUAAUUCCCUGGUUUACUGAUUUUACAAAUUACUUGGCAAGUGAUCUUAUCCCAGAAGACUUAUCCUUUAACCAGCGGAAGAGAUUUAUGCAUAAGGUAAGGAAAUUCUUCUGGGGUGGGCCUUAUCUAUUUAGAAUUUGUGCAGAUGAUAUAAUUCGUAGGUGCAUCCCGGAGGUGGAAAUGGUUAUAACCUAUUGUUAUUACCCUGCCAUUAUGUCAUGCCCUAUUUUUGUCAAGGUUAAACAAAACAUGACUCGUGGACUUUAA